CCCAUUUUAAUCAGAAAUGAGUAAGUAGAGCUUAUAUGCACUGAACUUGAAGAAUGCUAAUGGGAUGUCUGCAUCAUGUUGUACCCAGAGUACUUAUGCCAGAAUAGGAGAGCCUUUAAUUCUGUAAUUCUCUGAGACAAGAAAAGCUUUCUGAAGAGUUACUUUAAAUUUAAACACUCAUUCUAAUGUUAGGCAGCCUGUUGGAUCUCUGAGUUAAAAAUUGCUUCAGCUUUAGUUACUACAGCCAGAUGUAACAUUGACCUUAAAUGGUAAAAGCUCCCAAGAGUGAAAGAGAGGCUGGCCCGAGGGGAAAGAGAGGAAUAACUGAAGUUUUAGGAAGCUCCUGCCUAGGGCAUUCCAACCAUCAGCCUGCUGAAAAUUCAUUAUCCUUUCUUCACCUGUGCUGCAAGGCACUAUGCUGACCAUGAGAAUUCCAGACCUUGAGUUCCUCUGAUAGGUGCACAAGGCUCGUGCAUACUGAGAUUGUAGAUCUUCACCCACAUCCUCUCUGCCCGUGACAUGCACCGCCAGGGAGUGCAGUGAUGUAUUGAUGAGGACUCUGAUCUACUGAUGAGCACACUGAUGUAUUGAUGAGGACAGCUCCCUGAUCCCUGGGCAGGUGUCACACCUGCAGAUCACGAGGCCUCCCAGCGCUUAUGCCUUCAGGCUAACUUGAAACAGAUACUGCCAGCAGUGCAUGGUCCUCUUAGUCCACAUUGCAGCUCCACGUGCUUCACACUGCCCACCAUGCCAACCUUACCUGAAGAGAAGGGACAAGCAAAAGAGGCCCAGCACAACAGUUCUCCUCCAGCCAAAGACACGACUGUUGAAGGGACCACACGCAGCACACCUUCUAUUGUUCUUCCAGAGAAUGCCAUUACCCCAGAUGUAGAAAUUGAUAAAAAUCUGGUUAACAGGCCUCGGAGUCCUCAUAGGAGACAUUCUAACCGUGCCACCAGAAAUUCAACAAGUUCACUGACUUCUGUUGACAAUAGCGGUCAUGUGAUUGAUCUGGUGAAUGAUCCACUACCAGAUGUCAAAAUAUCAGAGGAAGACAAAAAGAAGAACCUCGAAUUGUUAGAAGAAGCAAAGAAAGUGAGUGAGAGGUUCUUAGCACGCCGAGGCAGAAAGUCAAGAAGCAGCCUCCCAGAAUCACCCACAGGGUCUGAUGCAUGCACAACCACUAGUAUUGAUUCAGUAUCUCCAGGGCAGAAUAACAGAAUUGUGAAAGAAGAUGACAGGCAAACUGCAGAGAAUGCUGCAAAAGGAUUAAUUGAUAGAAAGCAGAAUGAUCAAAGAAAGAUUUCUCAGGGAAGGUUGGUUCCUCGUUCUGCUGGUUUUGAAAACUCCAAAGACAAGCUCUCAGACCAAAAGGAAAACUUUGAUCCACGUAAACACAUGGAUACUUCACCUAAAUUCUCCCCUCCAGCUGGUGAUGGUGGCAGAAUGUCUCUUAAUACUUGCAUGAAUGUUUGUGAAAAUGAACUUGGAAAAUCAUUUCUCCAGAAAGGGAAAGAAAAUGAUGCUCCUUUAAGAACCCAUCUACCAGGAUCAGGAAUAGGAAAUAUGGACUCAAAGCUAAAAAUUCCUGUUCCAGAAAUGAGGGACCAUAAAGUUCCAUGUAAACCAGAAUUUAAACUGUGCGGACUGCGUCCUCCUCUAUUACGAGCUGUGUCCUGGGAUAGCUUGGAGCCUGGACAGAAAGAGAAAACCCCUUUAAAAUUACCAUCUGAGGAAGAUAAAAGCUUUGUUGGUAAUAAAUCCAGCAAUCAGUUAAAAGCAUUCAAAGACCUUCAAAUCCAAGUUCAGCCAGUUCGAAUGCAGAAGCUGACAAAGCUCAGAGAGGAGCAUAUUUUGAUGAGAAAUCAAAAUUUAGUUGGACUUAAACUUCCUGAACUUAGUGAAGCAGCAGAACAGGAAAAAGGCCCUUCACCUCUCCCUUCCCCUACUGAAGAGGAAGAGACAAAGAACAGCUCUGAUGUCAUGCCCAGCAUUCCUGAUGUAUUGCUGCGAAAACUGCGAGUGCACAGAUCACUUCCAGGAAGCUCCCCACCACUCACUGAAAAAGAAGUUGAGAAUGUAUUUGUACAACUCUCCUUGGCCUUUAGAAAUGAUAGUUAUACAUUGGAAUCUAGAAUUCAGCAGGCAGAGAGAGAGAGAAAUCUUACUGAAGAGAAUGCUGAGAAGGAACUGGAAAACUUUAAAGCAGCCAUUACGUCUUCAGCUCACCUGUGGCACCACUAUGAGCACAGGGAAGCCUACCAGAAGCUCCUGGAGGACAUCGCGGUGCUGCGGCGUUUGGCUGCCAGGCUCUCGAGCCGCGCUGAGAUGGUCGGAGCUGUUCGUCAGGAAAAGCGAAUGUCAAAGGCAACAGAAGUAAUGAUGCAGUAUGUGGAAAAUCUGAAAAGGACAUAUGAAAAGGAUCAUGCUGAACUGAUGGAGUUCAAGAAACUUGCCAAUCAGAAUUCUAGCAGAAGCUAUGGUGCAUCUGAAGAUGGGGUUCCUCGUUCAUCUAGAUCCAUGUCUCUCACUGUUGGAAAGAAUAUGCCUCGGAGGAGAGUCAGUGUUGCGGUUGUUCCUAAAUUUAACUCCUUGAACAUUCCUGGUCAGUCACCCACAGCUUCACCUAUACCUUCAAUGCCAUCCCUGUCUGAAUCACCCAGUAAUGGAAGGAGCACCCUAACAUCUACUCCUGCUCUGCCAGCACUUCUAGAAAAGAGAGCACUGCAGGAAGACAGCAAUAUAAGACAGCUUAUCUUCAGGCCAAAUGCUCCAAACUUUUACUUGAGAAAAGUGAGUGGGAAGUCAAGUGGAGAGCCUGACUGUGAAACUUCAACUUCUGUGCUGACACAGAGUGGGUUGGAAGAGAUCAGUCCUGAAACUAAAGCCAAGAUAGAAGAGGAAGCAUAUAACAAGGGAUAUCAGGAAGCCUUGAAGAAAACCAAAGAACUUCAGGAACUGAAGGAAGAAGAUGAAGAGACAGCCAAAGAAAGUCAUGAUGAACAUGAAGAAAGUGAAAAUGAAGAUGAGAUAAAAAACCUGAAAAGCAGCAGACUUGAAGUCAUCAUUAAUUAUUUAUAUAUCCUGUACCCCAAACUGUGCAAACACUGGAAUGUGAUGUGGCUUGUAGUGGCUGCAAUAGUCAUUUUUGCUGUGGUGUUGGGGAUCUACCAUUCCUACAACUCCUGUGAUGAAAAGUCAGAGGCACCUGAAGGGAAGGCCAGCUGUUCUGCAGCCCAUCAGUAUUCCUGGUGGAACUCAGGACUCCGACAGGAGCAACGCACGGAAUAACAGAGGAACAAGCACGCCCUCAUGGUCCCUGAGCAAGUUUGUGUAUUAGAGCACCAUUGUUAAAGGUAGUGUUUAGUCAUCCUUGUGGCUGUUCCACAUGAUCCCUUAGGCAAGGGAGUUACUCCACACCACCAGCUUUGGGAUACGUGGUGAGCAUCCCUUGCCAAGAUGCCAAUCUGAUAAAUAAUCCUGUCUGUCCUCUUAUUGUAAAGGACUCAUACAAAUAAAUUAGUGUUGAAUCAUGGUAAGGUUGUGGCAGUAAUCAGCAACCUGCAAGACAUUUAAAAAAAUGAUUUGCACAGGACAUUGACAUUUUGAAGACCAUUAUAAAAUCUGCAUUUGCAGUUAGUGCUUUACUUUGCAUUUCCUGAAUUUAUUGUUGAUUGUCAAAGUACUAAUUGCAUUUAAGUCCUUUGGGUUUUAAGCGGCUAAUUAAUUUCUUUAUUCAUGACUAUUGGGUAGAAAUAGAAACACUUCCUUGGAAGAAUAGAAUUAUAUUCUAAGACCAAAUGCCUUGCUGCUAAAGUAAUUUUAUAAGAGGAAUUAUCUUUAUGAUUAUUUAAAUGGAAUGCUAAGUACAUGCAUAGAUGAGUUUUAUGAUAUACUUUAAGGAUGGGACCUCCACUCUUUUUAAAAUGGGAUACUCAACAGAACCUAAAAUGGGGUCUAGGUGGCACAGCUGAUAUCAUCCAGUAAGUCUGGGAACUUCUGAUAUAUGAAAGUUCCCAAAAAUUUAUGUAUGCUACACAGAGUCAGUACUGGUUACAGCCAAAACUGGUAGCUGCCUGGAAGGGUCCAUGUGCUACCCAAGCCCAAAACACAGCAAUCUUGGACAUGGGAAGCAAUCUUCAAUUCUGUAUUGAAAAAGAAAACAAAAGCUCUUCAAGCCUCUGUGUAGAGGUGACUCUGCCCUCCUGCUACCACUGGAAAUAGGAAUUCUUUCUGCAGCAGGAACAGAGUUCUGAGAGCAGCCAGAACUCACCCAGUGCCUACAUGAACCAGGCCAUGGUAGCAGUGAGGGCUUAGGAGAGCUCACUGCAUGUUUUCAGUAGUUCAUUUUCAGAAUCUGAUGCCAAGACCAAAACUGAUUUGAUAUACUUCCAAAGCUGAACUACCACAUCAGGCUAGAAUAAUCUUUUGCACGGAUUUUUUGCCAGUUCUGUCUAUUUGGGUGUUUGUCAGUUCUUACACAAGAAUGCGAAAGCUGAAAUUUUUGGACAAGCAAUUUGAAAAUGGUGAAGCCAUUACCUGUACAAAACUCAGCACCUAGGGCUGAGACCAAAAUGUGUGUCACUGGAGGUGUGCCAUUUGUACCUGCUGAGCGUCCCUUCUGAAUGAAGGUGAACCAUAUUUGUCUUUCCAAAGCUACAGCCACAACAAAAGCCACAGCAAAUCCAGUGUGACACUCCGUUGCACUCCUGUCCUGCAUUCUCCUAGCAUUUUCUGAUUGAGAAAUGGGUCUGUUUUCCAACAGAAGGAUAAGAGUGUUAUGAAGUACUGUAAUUUCAGUUCCGAUGAAGUCAAUAUUGUCCUGUCCUCUUUUCGGAGGAAACACUCAACCUCAAGCUAACUGUCAAAGAAAACAGGUUUCUAACUCAGUCAGAAAUUUAAUUCACAUAUCUGGCACUAGUAACAAGUAUCCUGCUGGUGAAUUUUUGUUUGCCACGUGUUUCUUAGAAGACAUUUAUAAGGAGAAAGAAAAAAAAAAUAAAAUAAUAAAAAAAAACCAAGCAGACCAUUACCACCUUUUUUUGAGGGUGGGGAGUGGGGAAGGGAGUCUAUAAGCAAUUAGAAGGUUUUGGGUUUCUUUUUAAGUAUAUAUAUUGAGGAACAGUGUGCUUAAGGAAGUUCAGAAAGGAUAAUGGGAAAGUGUGAUUUGGUCUAAAAUUGCAAUUGGUAAAGAAUAAGACAGGAGGUUUCUUGCAAAUUACUUGGAAUCUGCUUGGUUCAGUUAGAAUUUCUGACUGUGAAGAACUACUGUGACCUUUCGUGUACUUUCAGUAUUUGAAGAAACUUGUCAAUUGUUGCUUGAAUACUUCUUUAAUAAAAUCAGCUUCAACUUAAUAUUCUUUACAAAUAACAUUGAUAACUUAAUAAGGCAAUAAAAUGGAAGGAAAAUACUCCUAAAUAUUAUUCAGAUUUCUCUGUGCCAAAAAUUAUGACACAUAUUUAUGUGAUUGUGGAAAUGUUAGGCUGCACUGAAGAAAAAUAAUUAACAGUGCCUAUAAUUGAAUUAAUUUGCUUUUGUUAAUAUCGGCACUGUUGUGAGUCCAACAACUUACUUUAAGUACACAUAGAAAGUUAUUGAUAUCAACAGGACUCUAUAAUUGCUUAGUGUUAAGCAUGUGGAAAGGUCUUUUUGGUCAGUGGGUGAAUGAGGUCUCCAUCAUCUCCUAAAAUUCAGCACACUGCCUUUUUGUGGUGUAAGUGCAAAGGGACAAUUCCCAGAAGUAGUUGUACUGAUUUGAACUGAACUACUUGUAUAUCUGAGGCAAGUGUAAUUUUGCCACAAAUGAACUGAAAGAGGCAAGAAAUUUUAGUGGAGGUGCAAAAAUAAAGAUGAAGUUUACUAAAAAAAAAAAAUGAAAUAAAAAAAUUGAUCUUUUUAUAACUACUUUGAGCAAACUAUCCACUAAAAAUAACAAACCACAAUGACUAACAGCACACUAAACAGCUAUGCUUAUAUUUUUCAGUUAUUUAAUUUAAACACCUUUUGUUUAAUAGCAAACUAGAUUAAGCUCAAAAAUAUUCUAAAUACAAUUUUAUCUGUUGGAUAUUAGUUUGCUUUAUCUGGAGAAAAAAAAGCCAAACAACCUCUUCUGUGUUCAAAGAUCACAUCAGAUAACAAGAAACAGACCUAUUAUUUAUGCUAUUACCACUGAAAUAGUUUUCUUGAGGUGCAAUAUUUAUUUUUCUGCUUUAACAAGACACAUUUAUGGUUUCUCCUGCACAGCACUAAUGUUUCUAGCAAAAGGAAUUUCAAAAGGGCACUAUUUUUGUGUAUCAUAUUUAAAUUUGUAAUAUUGUAAGAUUUUGCACAAGUGUGCUGGUAUUGUACUGUAUAGUAUCACAUACUUGAGUUUUGAAAUAAAAUUAUGGUUUCAAAGUC